AUGGGCAGAACAGUAGCAAAAGAAGUUACCAACCGCAAUGAGGUACGAGCUGCCAUCGCAGAGGGGGGAUGGAACGUUGUUUACGGAGAUCUGAUUAAUGAAGGAGACGUCCUUACAUUCAUCAUCUCCAUACCUACAGGAGCUGUGGGAGGUUGGGUUGCUCAGCAGGUCCAGGCUCAGUUGGCGAAGUUUUCUCAGAGUCUGAGUGAAGUCUCUGAUGAUGUUGUUUUGCAAGCGACCAAUUAUCUGGGAAAUCUGAUAAAGGGAGGCGGUUCUGGAGAAUCAGAUAUCCAUGGCUUGGGAGUCAAAGGGGGCUUUGCCACCUAUAACCGCCAUAUGGAAUAUUUUCUUUGGGGUAGGAAGAUUGGCAGUCAUGAUCUGCCAAACAACCAUCAACCAUACAUUGCUAUACGCGUUACCAAACCUCUGCCACCACAGGGAACUGUGCCGCAAGUGCCACCUAUAACCACGAAAGGGUUAGUUCUUCAAACAGGUACAUCGCUACAUGAGACAGACAACACGUUCGAUUUUGCUGUGGGAGACUGGAAUCAGGAUGGAAAACCUGACUUGUUUGCCAUCAAAAAGAGCAACACGGGCUCUAACAGCACCGAGGUCCAUAUACUCUCCGGUGCCUCGAACUUUCAGAACUUUAUCUUUCAAAAGGGCACAGCCUUACAUCAAACAGACGAUACGUUCGAUUUUGCUUUGGGAGACUGGAAUCAGGAUGGAAAACCUGAUUUAUUUAUUAUU